AUGGCGCUUUCAGCAUGUCCGGGGCUGCUGGUUUCUCCAGCUUCAGCGCCAGUAGCGCCGCCAGCAGCCGCACCCCAGCCAAUUCCGGCUCCAGCUAGAGCGGAUAAAUGCGCGCAACCGCUUCAGCGCUCCCCCAGUAUCGGCUCCUACCUCAUCACCUCGACCUUGCGCCAACCUCCAGCCGACUUCCCAGACCCAGCUUUCGAGGGCUACGAGACUGAAAGCGAAGGCCCCAUCGAGCCUGUUACACCUGUCAGCGGCCGCCAAUCGCGGGAUUUCACGUUGAGGCAUGCAUAUGAGCAGGAUUCGGACGACCUUGGCAGUGUCAGCUCUCAGCAGCAUUCAACCGGCGUUACAGCAGCUCCAAAUAAGCCUGCUCUCCUCCCGUCGGUUUUCCGCAAGACGGUAAACGCAGCAGCAUCUCCGGGAGCAGCCUCUUCCCUGCUGAGUCCGACCUCAACCUCUAGGCCAAGCUCCAGCGACUUUCUCUCUCCUGCUAUAUCAGUGCCAGCUGUCUCAGUUUCAAACCCGGAAUCAGAAACCGCAACUUCAUCCACACUGGUGCCUACUCUCAAUAAUAGCAGCAAGUCUUUUACACAUUUAUCCCCUACUUCGAGCCGGCCCUCUAUCCUGGAACCUCCCUCGCCAUCCAGACUCUCCACCCGGCUUUCGAUCUCGAGUCUCAGAAGCACAAUGACCAACUUCUUUCGUCGCCCUGGGACGCAGGACACUGCUAUUUUUGAUACCAGCUCGCCUAUUCCUUCCGAGGUCUCCUAUCUACAGCGGCCACCAACGAGCAGCGCUCGCCCGGCCACACGCUCAAGUCGCUUUUCUUUUACCAGGUCGUCUAAUGCCACUACCCGGUCUAAUUCGCCUACGCCUCCAUCCCCGGGGACUCCUUCUGUCGAUAGAUUGUCUAUUCAAGAUGAAAAUUCGCUCAGCGAGGAUACUAAUCUCAAGAAAAAGAACCGUGCGUCAACCGGUUUCAGCCUGCGGGGCCGUGCUAUUGGGUUUGUUGGCACAGCAAAAGGCCGGCCUGGAAAAGCUGUAUCGCGCCGUGCUAGUAGCUUCGACGCUGGGAACCGCGGGCCUCUACCUCAUCAAGGCAGCAAAGCUCCUAAUGGCCAAACAUAUCCUCCUGAGCGGCUCCCUUGGGCGAUGCCGCCUGAGGCUGGCACGGGCGCCAAGGCCCGUCGUAUGAGCUUGAGCUUGCCGGACGAUUUCAACGUGGAUGUUGCUGAGCUACAGGACGAAUUCGAGUACCAGAGCAAGCUUUUAGGUCGCCACGGCAAGCAUCUCGGAAAAGGGGCUGCCUCCAAGGUCUCGCUCAUGGUUCGCAAGGGCUUCCCUGGCGAAAUGUACGCCGUCAAAGAGUUUCGUAGCAAAUCCAGCCGCGAAAGCAAGGCAGAAUACGAAAAGAAAAUCAAAUCAGAGUUCAGCAUCGGCAAGAGCUUGCACCAUCCCAACAUUGUCGAAACUGUUCGCCUGUGCUCAGAUCAUGGACGUUGGAACCACGUCAUGGAAUACUGCUCCGAGGGUGACCUGUUUAGCCUUGUGCAAAAGGGUCAUUUGAAAGGCGAUGCUAAACUCAAGGAUCGCCUCUGCCUCUUCAAGCAGCUCGUCCAGGGUGUCAACUACCUCCACGCCAACGGCAUUGCUCACCGUGACAUCAAGCUUGAAAAUCUACUCAUUACAAAGGAUAGCAAACUGAAAAUCGCAGAUUUUGGUGUCUCCGAAGUCUUUUGUGGCACUCAUCCCGGACUCCGUGAAGCUGGCGGCCAGUGUGGUAAGAACAUGGGAGAGAUCCGGCGUUGUUCUCCGGGCAUAUGCGGCAGCGAGCCCUACAUUGCGCCUGAAGUGCUACAGAAGAAAGGAGACUACGAUGCACGAGCUUUGGACGUAUGGAGCACUGCCAUUGUCAUGAUCUACAUGACUUUUGGUGGCGGCAUUUGGUCCAAAGCCGAGGCCGGUAACCUCCACUACGACAAGCUGGUGGCCGGUUGGGAAAAAUGGAACAAGAAGCACCAAGACGAUGGGGAUGCCUCCAUCACAGAGACAGACUACCCCAAGUGCCUAGCCUUUGAUAUGGGUGUCAAUCCUCCGCCUCUGCGACGCAUCUUGCUACAGAUGCUUAACCCAGACCCCAACAAGCGAAUCUGCAUCUACGACGUGAUUACGAGUCGCUGGGUAAAGAAUAUCGAAUGCUGUCAGCUCGAGUCGUACGACGAUCCCAAGCUCACAAUCGAUGCGACAAAGAAGGAUUACGGCGCCAAGAAUGGAAGCAAAAUCUUUUGCCAUAACCAUUUACCAACCAAGAACUUUGGUAGUCAUUCGCUGGGUAAAAUGCCGGGGCAGGCCGGCUACUAA